GUAGCUGGGCAGCGCUGCACCCCCUUCACCUCAAGCCGGGGCAGGGCCUCUCGGGUCUCGCCGCAGAUUAUGUCAGCGCUGAGGCGAAGGGGGCGGGGGGACGGAGGAGAGGCUCAAAAAUAGCCCGAUGACUGCAGCGGCGGGGCUGAGCCGUGGGAUAGAUACGGCAGCAGUUACGACCAGGCGCCGCCUCAGCAGCCCGAGGAGCUCCCAGACCAGACGCUCUGCAUGGGAUGAGGAGGCGGUCAGCCAUGGCCAGUCGCGGCAGCUGCACUGAGGAGGAGGAAGAGGAGAGGGAGGACGCCGCCCUGAGGAAGCUGAUCGUUCGCCUCACAAACGUGCAGGAGGGGAAGCAGCUGGAGAGCUUGCUGCAGACGCUGGAGGACCUGCUGGCCUUGGCCCACCGGCCCCGCGCGCCCAGGCUGUUCGGCGGCCGAAACGUCCACGUGCCCUUGUUGCUGGUGUUGGACUCCUACCUGCGAGUGGCCGCGGUGCAGCAGGUGGGUUGGUCGCUUCUUUGUAAAUUAAUAGAAGUGUGUCCAGCCACUCUAUGUAACAUAGCUCCUCAAGAUGUUGGAAAGGAUUGGGAAGUACUUGGUGUUCAUCAGCAUAUUCUUAAAAUGCUUACUAUCCACAAUGCAAACAGAAACCUCUUGAUAAUAGGACUCAAGGCACUAAAUCUACUACUCUCUUCAGAUAUAAUUACCAUUAUGCUCUUGGAUGAAGAGACAGAUGUAUUUUUGUUGGUGUUUGAUGCUAUGCAAACCUUCCCAAACAAUGAAGAAAUCCAGCAAUAUGGAUGUAAAACUUUGCACAUGCUUUUUGAGAAAGGUAUUUAUAUUUUGCAGUUUAUCAAGAUGAAAUUACUCAUAAUUUGGGAAUAAACUAAAGAUGCAUACCUAGCUGCAAAAAUACAUGCUAUGAGUUCUGAACUGUUAUAUUUUUAUAUAAGUAAAGAAAGGAUCACACCUCAGUUGAUUGGGUGAAUCAAUACAAAACCCAGCUUUCAAGAUCAUACAAGAAAAUACUCCAUUGACUUGAGUGCUGCUAAAAAGCUGUCAGUCCAAUGUCCAUUUGUAAAUGUUUUCAGUUCAGAAUAGUUGUGAUUCUGAUUUCUGUUUCUGAAAUUGCUAAAGGUUUGAAGACUUUCACAUUUACUGUAUAAUCGUUUGUUUUAAUGUAUUCAGAAAAAGAAAAUCUUUAUGUACUGAAAACCUGCGAAAUAGUUUUUACUUGCCAUAGCUGGUUUUGAUAGAUCAUGAUAUUAUUAAAGCAGGUCUUUAAUCAAAGUGAAUCAUCUUGUUUUAAAGUUAAUUUUAAGAAAUGCAACACCUUUACUGAACCCACAACUAUUUCUGCUCACAGGGCUGGCCCACAACAUUUUGGCACCUGAAGCGGGGAGCUCAAAUGAAAUCCCUAUGCCCCCUCGCUUGGGCCAAAACUUUGAAAGGUCUCAAUUCUGCCUUCUUCCUGUUCUGUUCCUCUCAUGGUACUGCUCUGCUACCUACUCUAAUAAAGGAGAACUAACAAACUUAAACACUUACAUUUUCUGUUCAGGCAUUUGAAAGUUAACUUUUCUUAUCUGCACAGUAAACACGGACGUUUUUAUCUGUUUGAAUAAUCAAAGUGGUGCUUUCCGUGCAUUCUUGGUUGCAAAGAUUUGACCUGCUUCCUGAAGGU